AUGGAUUCUCAAGCAACAACUUCAGCUGAGGUUUUCCUUCAAAAGGAUCCACGCCCACAGCAGCAACAACAAACCAUUAGCAGUGCUUUAGUGUGUGAAAGUCUGUCACUGCCUUCAUACAAAGAGUAUCCUGCUCAGCGUCCAUUCAUUACCACACUGGUCCAUCACUCUCCCACACCACAGAACUGUCGGGCCUCAUCACCAUCUAAAGCAUUUCCAGAGACCAACAGUGCAGCAAUUCUGUCUGCCCUCCGGGAUCUCCAAGACAAGAUCCGGAAAUUGGAAAAGGAGAAGGGGCAUACACAAAUCUGCUUGACCGAUACAGUGAAGGAUGUGAAUUACACCUCUACACAAAAAGAUAAAGAUAUUAUCAAGACGGACUGUAACCAGGUGCUGGUCUCCCACCUGGCGUCCGCAGAGUCCCGUUGUUUAAAACUGGAAAAACAACUCGAUCAUACAAAAAAGUUGUUGCGCUCUGCCAAGACGGACAGAACAAACGUUUUCAAUCGGGUAAGAGAAACCACUGAGUCACGUGAUCCACUUCACACAGACAGCCCUUCUGUUCUGGCUCGAUUGGAGAAGCUUGACCUUUUAGAGCAGGAAUACCUCAGGCUUACCCAUACACAGAACCAGGCAGAGAAAAAGAUCCUUGAGCUAGAAUUAAAAUUGCAAGAGGAGGAGCAUCAGAGAAAGCUGGUUGAAAACAAGGCCAAUCUGCUGCAGGUCGGCUUGGAGGCAAAUAGGAUUUUGUUGCAAUCAGUGUCUCCUCAUCAAAAGUACAAAGACAAAAAAUCUACAGAAGUAAAGAAACCUUCAGUUCAGCAUUCCUCUACAGAGCCACAUUAUAAGUUCAGGCUCAGAGACAUUCCCUUUGUUGCUGGAACGUCGGUGGGCAGCAGUCACUCUGUUCGUGCAAAUGUCCAGUCCGUUCUGUCUCUUCUGAAGUGUCACCAGCCUCAACUCUGCAACAGUCGAGUUCUAUCAAACAAACCAUAUCCCACAGUUUGUGAAAACUAUUCAUCCCCAUCGAAUGAAGAUGAACUAUCAGAUCUGCUGCAUGCUUUACAAGAGGAGCUUCUCCUCAUGAGCUUAGAGCAGGAUGAACUGGUAAAGAAAGUGGAGAAAAGCACUUGUGAACAAGAAAGAAAAGAACUUCAGCAGGAACAGGAGAGACUGCUUCUCAAAAUGGAGAGAAAAGGGGAGCAGAUCAAUAAGCUUUAUAAACAUAAAUCUCAAGUAAAGAAUUUGUUGAAAGAAUCCGAUGAUGGUCGUGUUAAAAAGAGCGGAGCAACCAGAAAGUUUAGCAGCUCAGGUCAGUUGACUGGAGCAACCAAAGUGGGACCAGGAGAGAUAAGCAGGAGAAACCUGUGUCUGCUGAAGGACAUGAGAGCCCUUCGGACAUCUCUGCAGACGUGA